AUGUCAUUUGACAUAAGCUACAUAAAAAAAGGCAUUCCUCAAUUCUUGCAAGUGAAAAGUGUCCUGUGACCAAAACUUUUGAGAAUCACUGCCCUAUGGUUAAAUGUAUUCUAAGUCAGUAACCAUUGUGACAUCAGCACCAGGUCAAUGAUUACCAAAUGAAAGAUUCCAUGCAGUUGACCAUUACUUCACAGAGAUCUCCAGUUGGAUAGCCCCAUAAGAAGCUAACAACCUAAGAGUGCCUACUAUUGCCCCUGCUGUUCUCCAUAGGGCUUUCUAUGAUGUUACAAGGAAACAAAUAGUACAACAAAUAGUUGGACAUCCAACAAAUAGUAAGAAAAAGGCCAUUUCAUUCUGAUACUGCUUCUUUUGACUGUGGUCAGGUUUCCUACUCUGGUUUUAUUAUUAAAGAUGUACAAACUUUAAACCAAAAGGGUAAAAGCUGCUGCUGGGCAGAUGUGGACUUCAAAUCUCUCCAAGAUCUGACAAGCUCUUAAAAAUGUUUACCAUAAAUGUAAGAACAACCCAGAUUCAACUAGACAUCCAACUAUGACUUCCUAUGAUUGUGAUCAAGAUGACAUGAGUACUGAUGAAGAAAUGAAUCUUAUAGUAAUGCUCCAAGAUAUUAAAACUGCCCAAAUUGAGCUCCUCAGUCAAAUGACUGACAUUCUCAGUGUGGUAUCCAAAAUGCAGGAAAAUACUGACUUUUAUCAGAAGCAGAUGGAGAUACUGGAAACCAGAAUGAAUGUUAAUGAAGACAAACAAUGUACAGUAACUAAAGAUAUCUUCUCUACGAAGAAACACAUUGAUGCUUUAAAGAAGAAGGUAACAGAACUGGAAAGCCAGAAUUGUUGCUCCAGCAUACAUUGUUUAGAAGUUCUGGAAGGAGAACUUCUGGGUAAAGAGAUCGUAGAACAACUUCACAAACUCAUAUAACCAGAAACUUUGAAGAACACAUUGGCUUCUACACACGACAGAAUCUCUUCAGCAGAACCAGAAAAAGUGCCCAGUUGUCCUGAGCCCACUGAUCAUCUUGAGAAGAAAACAAUUUCCUCCAAAACUAAAACU